AGUCUUUUUAUUUUUCUAAACCCUAUUUCACGUUCGACAAGGCAACCCCCCCUUCCUUCCAUUUCCGGACACUGGACUACGUCUCGCCGUCUCCGAGGCUGCCGCCGCACGCUGCAUCUCAGCUGCCGCGGUCUCAGCCUUCCGACGGACUCGCCACCGCCCCCUCCUUCUCACAAUCACUCGCAUCUCUGAGCAGUCCGGAGUUACUUAUCUCUAUCUUUUUUUCUCAGAAGUGGUUCAGCUAAUAGCCCAAUUGGUAUGGCUUCGCAGGAAUGUGAAAUAUACUAAUAUAAAAGGGAAAGAAAAAGAGCUGAAAGGAAACAAGAAUGGUGAUCUCCAGCAGUAAUUCUCAUAGUAAGGAAGUAUCUAUCAGGAAGAGGAUUGCCAGCAUAUUCAACAAGAGAGAGGAAGAUUUCUCAUCCCUGAGAGAGUACAAUGAUUAUCUCGAAGAAGUGGAGGACAUGACUUUUAACUUGAUUGAAGGCAUUGAUGUUCAAGCUAUUGAAGCAAAAAUUGCUAGGUAUCAGGAAGAAAAUGCGGAACAAAUCAUGAUCAACCGUGCUCGCAAGGCUGAAGAAUACGCUGCAGCCCUUGCAGCAAGCAAGGGAAUUCCUGCACAGGCAGAUAAUGAUGGGGCUGCAGAUCAAAGUUUCCAAGCAGGAUUAAGCACAGGCACACAAGGUCAGUACGCACCUACAUUUGCUGGAGGGCAGCCACGGCCUACAGGCCAACCAGUGCCCCUAGGUGCCGGUCCUGACAUGCAGGGCUAUGGGCUUGACGAUGAGGAGAUGUUAAGGCUCAGAGCAGAGAGAGGUGGAAGGGCUGGUGGAUGGAGUGUAGAGUUCAGCAGAAAGCGUGCACUUGAAGAAGCCUUUGGAAGUAUUUGGAUAUGCUAGGUUUUUGCUCAUAUCUUCUUAGAAGGCAAACUAAUUUAGGCACAUGAGACUAUGUUUAGUUAUAAAGAGGAGUUUCAGUGGUAAAGAUUAAUAGAGGGGUAGUAACCUAAAAAGUCUAUUGGACACUUUGGGAGGCAACUAACAUGUUCAACAAAUUUAAGGAAUUAGAACAAUUCAUUUCAAACCCAAUUCUGUGUACAAUGCUUGUGUUCUGUGGUCAAUUGUAAUAAGAGCUGUGGACCUAAUAGAAGAAUUUUUACACGCAAA